AUGGGCAUACUCUGUCAUACUUGGUUUGGAUAAGGUAGCACGUUUGUGUUUGGCCCCAGGAAUAACAACCUCGGGCUCCUUUAUCGCCUCCCUUUUCCACCACUGUCCAUAAGGUACGAUAUAGCGAUGAUAUAGUUUGGUAUAUGAUCCAAGAUUCCGUGACGCUCUGAGCCGCGCAGGCUCCAAAAUGGGAGUGUUAUAAUAUGCGGCUCUGAUGGGGGUUCGGAGAGAGAGCGCAGGCGCAGUCAUCCGAGUUAUGGUUGAAAACUAGCAGCUAUGCCGCGCAGUGUAGGACCCCAGCUAAAUGUGUCUGACAACAGCGUUAGAGGUGGAUCCACUGAGGAGAACUGAGCAGUGGACAAAUAAAACGGAACAUCUGAAAAACAAUUGCGAAUUAUUGUCUUCUCCGGAUAACUUCCUCUUCAACCCUCGACGAGCCGAGGCGACGAUCAUUCUUUCCCCGGGCAUGCGAGAGAGAUACCAUCACCGCCAAUGUUCCUCCUAGCCUCCGCCUGAGACGCCAGGGAUUUACUCCUUGUCCGUUUGUUUUGAUUGACUAUUAAUAAAACAAGCAGAAACAAUUAAGGGGCUUCAUUAUGAUUUUGUUAGCAUUUCACACUAGAAGACGUUUGAAUAGCUUUUAUCUAGGGACGUUGUGCUUGCAAUUCUUGCUGUGGAUUUUAUGUGCCGUGAAUGGAGAGGAACAACCGUUCAGCGUAGAGACAUGGCUCCAGACGUACGGCUACCUUCCCCCUACAGACCCCAGGAUGUCGGUCCUGCGGACGGCCCAGACCAUGCAGUCUGCUAUCGCUGCCAUGCAGCGUCUCUAUGGCCUCAACGUCACAGGAUCGCUGGACAGGAACACGAUAGACGAUUACACAGUAAGCUGGAUGAAGAAGCCCCGAUGUGGUGUACCAGACCAGCUAGGAGGGGCGUCCAAAUUCAGUGUCCGGAAAAAGCGGUACGCCCUCACGGGGCAGAAGUGGCAGCAUAAGCAUAUCACAUACAGCAUAAAGAACGUCACACCCAAGGUGGGCGCAGAGGAAACCCAUGAUGCCAUUCGGCGGGCGUUCGAUGUGUGGCAGAACGUGACUCCGCUCCGCUUCGAAGCCGUCCCCUACAGCGACCUGGAGCGUACCAAGAAGGACGUGGACAUCACCAUCAUCUUUGCCUCGGGUUUCCACGGCGACAGUUCGCCCUUUGACGGAGAGGGAGGCUUCCUGGCCCACGCCUACUUCCCGGGCCCCGGAAUCGGAGGGGACACCCACUUUGACUCAGACGAACCCUGGACCCUGGGCAACCCAAACCACGAUGGUAAGAUGGGUAAUGAUCUGUUCCUAGUGGCAGUCCAUGAGCUGGGCCAUGCCCUUGGUUUGGAACACUCCAACGAUCCCACAGCCAUCAUGGCCCCCUUCUACCAGUACAUGGACACAGAGAACUUCAAGCUGCCCCACGACGACCUCCAGGGCAUCCAGAAGAUCUACGGUCCACCAGAUAAGGUACCCCAGCCGACCAAGCCUUUACCAACAGCCCCCCCACACCGCUCGCAACCCCCCUCGGACCCUCGCAAGCCUGACAGGCAGACGCGACCACCCAGGAUACCUACGGGGGACAAGCCCAGCCAGCCCAACGCCAAGCCUAACAUCUGUGAUGGGGGCUUCAACACCCUGGCCAUUCUGAGACGAGAGAUGUUCGUGUUCAAGGAUCACUGGUUUUGGAGGGUACGGGACAACGCAGUGAUGACGGGGUACCCCAUGCUCAUCAAUGUCUUCUGGAGAGGACUGCCCCCCAAGAUAGACGCUGUCUACGAGAACAGCGAGGGGAAAUUUGUCUUCUUCAAAGGGAAGCAGUUCUGGGUGUUCAAGGACACCAUGCUCCAGCCCGGCUACCCCCAGGACAUCUCUAUGUUCGGCCACGGCAUGCCAACCCAGAGCAUCGAGACCGCCGUCUGGUGGGAGGACGUAGCCAAGACAUACUUCUUCAAAGGGGACAGGUACUGGCGCUACAAUGAGGACAUGAGGACAAUGGACCCAGGCUACCCUAAAUCCAUCACUGUCUGGAAGGGCGUCCCAGACUCUCCACAAGGAGCCUUCGUAGACAAAGCCAAUGGUUUCACCUACUUCUACAAAGGGAAGGAGUACUGGAAGUUCAACAAUCAGAGGUUGCGAGUCGAACCCGGUUACCCCCGCUCCAUCCUGAAGGACUUCAUGGGCUGCGACUUGACCCCCAUCGACCCCGAGUGGCCGCCCACGGAGGACGUCGACAUUGUCAUUGAGCUGGAAAACGAGGCCAACACAGUGAAGGCCAUUGCCAUCGUGAUCCCCUGUGUCCUGGCGCUCUGUCUUCUUGUCCUGGUCUACACCGUCUUCCAGUUUAAGAGGAAGGGAACGUCCAGACACAUACUGUACUGCAAACGCUCCAUGCAGGAGUGGGUGUGAUGACUCUGGGUGACACACAGGGGUCCGCUAGUUGGACCAAUAUGACUUUAUUAUACCCUCUAGUAUAAUGGAAUCAAUGGUCCGGAAAUGACAUCCAGACAGGUGGUGGCGGUUGCAGUACGUCGGUGACUCCACUAUGAUCUGAUCUCAUUUUAGGCCUACUCCCAAGACUCCCCCGUCUUUUCAAAUGGGGGCGGGAGAGGGUGGGGCCUUUGCCUAGAUACCCCUCCACCCUGAGAUUGAACAGAGGGUACUGUUAUUUUGUAUCCCUUCAACCCCCAUUCCUAGCCCUGCCCUUUUAGGACGGCGCCUGGUGCAACCGCUCUUAAACGGGGAAGAACUUUCAUGUGGCGUUCAACUCUUCCCAUGGUGCACUGCGUCAGUCAUCUUCCUGUUGUCAUAUCAGGCUGUCGCCCAAUCAGAGGAAAACAGCCGGUUCUUAUCUACAGAAUCUUAGGUCUUAACCCCUACUGCACGCGCUCAGAAAGACAAAAGACCCCCAAUAACAAAUCUUGCUGAAGUUAACCACCGAGUUACCAACUCCUGUCUCUUUUUAUUGUUUUUUUCCUUCAAAAUAUAAUUUAUUUUUCAAAAAUGAACGUUUUUCCAGUCCCCUUUAAAACAGUCCUGAAGAAAAAUACAACCCAAACCAAAUAAAUACUUUUUUCUCUUUAAAGAGGAGGCUUUUUUUUUUCUUAAUCAUUUUUGCUAUCACUUUCUUUUUCGUUUCUUUUUUCUAUCCCUGCUCUUCUUGAUCGUUUAUGCAGUGGAAACCUUGACUGUUGUGGCAGUCUGUCUCAAAAACAGGGGCCAAAAUAUUUUGCAAUAUUUUUAAUCGCCUUAAUUAAAGAUCAAUUGUGUUCUUCUUGUGUUUCAUUUUCUUGUUUUUUGCUAUUUUGUAUACUGCUUUGUUUGUUUAUUUGUUUACUUGUUUAUUGAAAGAGCUGUUGGGGCCAUAUUGGUUGCUAUCCAAGAUAAAUAGUCAUGGGUUCAACAAGCUGCGUGCCAAAUGAUACCCUAUUCCCUAGAUACUAUUAGUAUAUAAUAUCUAGGGAGUAGGGUGCCAUUGGGGGCACAGGCCAUGUUCUAUUACCCAGAGGCCUCAGCGCUGGUUUGCCAGACCACCAGAACAGGAGAAAGAUUCUGCCUGUAUAUAGAGUUUAAGAUAUUAGUCAAAAUAGGGAGGAUGACGGUUCUUGAAAAAAAGUCACUAAAGUUGAGUGUUAUGGUAUUGUUAUGGUAUCUGACUUGAUAUAUAUAUCAGUUUGAUAGGAACGACUGAUAAGUUAAAGAGAUUAAAAUGCUGUUACACUAUAGAUUUGCUUAUUGUUUGGUCCUGUCAACCGACACUUACCCCUCUGAAAUGGUAGUUCUGUAUUGGUUAAGUUUGCAUCCCAAAAUAAUUGUAUGGUCUUUGUAAACGUACGGACAGACCGUAUUUAAUCUUCUUGACUGCCUUGUUGAGAGAGUUCUACUUAAGUCACAGACGCCUACUACCCAUGAUGCACUUGUCUCUCGACCGAGGACCAUUAGGAGUGACAGUGACGUCAGUCAAGACAAUGCAGUGUCUUCUCCCGUGUCCAAGUGCAUGCAAGCAUCUACAUCCACGUUUGGACUGCUCAGAAAACCUCUAGGAAAAUAAAACAGAAGAAGUGGAAACAAACCAUAUGGACAAACCGGAUUCACAGAUACAGCAGUUUGUUCCUCCAGUGCUUGAAAACAGGUUGCAGUUACAGUUCGGUGGAACAUUCCUGCAGGUUCCUUGUAUGCGAAUAGAUCACACCAUGUGGCAUGCAGCUUGACCAGUGGUUCUGCCCAAAGCUUACGGAAGGACUCGAUGACGAUGCUCAAACUCUUGAAUAUACCUUGUCUGCAUCUAUUUGUUUAUGUUUCAUGGCUGCGGGUUCCCUUUCUGGUACUAAUAAAACAAAAGAGUCAUUGGAACCUCACGAUUCAAAUGGAAAAUAUCUCACCGGAGCUAUAGGAAGCAGGCAUUUAGGUCAUUUCUUGGUAAUUGGCGAGUUAGGUUAGGUUGGCCAGAGGAAACUUGAUUUGAUUUGGUCACCGAAUUCUAAAAAAGUAACUAGUGUCGUUGCUUCAUGGUGAGCAGUGUUUGAAUGUGUGUCUGUUUCAUGAUAAUGGUUUCUACUUUCUUUCUUUUUGCAAAAACAAAUGCGACAUCCUUCUUCCUUCUUCGUGUAAGAUUGGGACAAUGGAAAAUGUCCUGACAGAAUUAAUAAAUUGAUCAGUAUAUGAUUAAAAAAUGAUGCCUUGAAACUCAUUGUUUAUAUUUAUAUAUACAUGAUAUACCCAAUGAGGUUGUGGCGUAAGGGUGUGUUAUGUGAAUAGUUUUGCUAUGGGGGUUUGAGGUGGGAUUUGACAUCUUUUAGCUACAUGUGUAAGCUCUCCCCUUGCCCCUUGCCCCUUGCUGUGUUCUUAAUGGUAAAUCCUCACCAAAUCCAAACCUCUUCUGCUCACAAUCCAUUUCUCUCAGAAGAGAUUAACUCACACAUGUCUGAUGUGUAGAAAACAACUCAAUUGGUUUGAGAUGUCAAGACACAGUACAGUGCUCUCAAUAGACAUGUACUUAAACCUUAUUUACCAGACACUCAGCAAGUAUACGGCAGCCAGGACAAAUACAACAAACUCUAAAUAUAUUCUCCAAACUCUAGGGGGAUUUCCUUAGUCUAAUCCGACCACAAAAGGAAAAAUGACAACAUUUAUAUUUCAGACUUAAACCAUGUUGAUGUUUAUGUGGGAAAUACCAAGACUGAAAGCUCAACAUCCUUCUAACUGGUAUUAUGUGUCACAUUAAGUCGCGUGAUAAAAAUCAGACCUUUUAAAGAUAUGCAGGCAUUUAAAGGACCACUCUGUGAUUCUUACAGCUGUUUUGGAUCAUUUAAAAGCAUGCUGGAUAGCAGGCUACAGGGGCAGACGCCAGACAGUAGUGUUUAUUCUACUGCCACUGUACUCCAGUCCAGACGGUAACUAACUGCCAUCAACAAAGAGGUCGACCCAGUUCACUUACUUGGGCUUUGGUUGUGGUCAUGAACACACAUACGAGGAGUAAGACGAUAGCCCUACUGUGGCUAGAGAGUUCACUGUUCCCCCGUCACAAUACAACUCAGCUGCAAAAUGGCGUCUGUGCUGUGAGUCUGACUUAGACAAUGGCAUAAUGGUUACAGUUAUGUUUAGGGCACAAUCCAGCCAUGGCUUUCUUUCUAGGGCUUUUUGUCUUCUGUUUGCACUUUUUACCACUUACCAAGUGAUGCAAAUACACUCCUGUUUCUUUUCAAAUGCCUGUGUGUGUGUGUGUGUGUGUGUGUGUGCGGGCGUGUUUGCCACAUGCGUGUCUGCCUUUUACAUCUCUAGCAUUACUUACCACUGGCUGUGUGCUUAUUCACAAAUGUAAGUCCGGGUCUCUUGUCUACGUCUACAUGUCAGUCAGUGUGUGUGUGUGUAUCUACGUCUGUAUCUGGUUCUGUAGCUCGAGACUGGAGCCUGCACUAUCCCUUGGAGACGUGUUGCUCUGGGAGGCAGGCUGAAACAUUGGUGCUAACCGAACCUACAGAACACUAGCCAGGGCUGGAGCUAUGGCCAUGCAGGGCUAGUUUUAUGGUUUUUCUUUCUGGUUUUUGGAUGUUUUUUCCCCCCUAUUCUGUCAUUGACUUAAACUUGAGUGAUUACAACGUGAACAAGAGUAAUACAUUUUCAUUUAACACGAGUCGUUACGGUGCAGUGUUUAAUGGCUGUAGGUAAAUGGAAAGCAUAUAUCAUCCUGGUGGUUGUUAAUGUAAUGUAUCCCAGCAGCCACUCUGCUGAGAGACUAGGGUCGCUACUAAAAGGUCACAGGGUCAAGUAGUCACCCAGACCCAGUGGUGUAUAGCCUGCGUCCCAAAUGGUACCUUAUUCCCUUUAUAGUGCUCUGUGGGCUCUGGUCAAAAGUAGGACACUAUAAAGGGAAUAGGGUGCCAUUUGGUACGCUCCCAUAGCUUACAAGGUCUGAUGGUAUGGAGGAAAGAAAGGAGGGAUCAAGAAAUUGAAAAGGGGAAGGUUAUUUAUGUUUCACUGUAAUACACCAGCGAUUGGAAGUGGGUUGGAAAUACAGGUUGAACCUCUGUUUUCUGGAAUAGCGAAGAAAUAUAAAUAAUUGUUCAACCAUCUUCUUACCUCUUCUCACCAUUGUCCACAUCUGUUAUCAACUUGUGUAUCAGACAGAGAGUGGAGGGGUUAACAGUGAUAACCACAGGACUUGUGUGUGUGUGUGUGUACUGAGUCAGAUGUAUGCUGUUCCAUUGUAUAUGUGUGUGUACAGUAUGUGUAUAUCAAGGGGACUGACCCCCCCCCCCCCCCCCCCCUUAUGCAAACACUAUGCUAUGUCUUCAUUUUCCUGUAUUCAUGUCAUUACAUUUGGGGAGGGGUCUUAUUAAGAUAAAUAAGAAACAUAAUGAACUACACAUUAACCAUCUUUUGUAUACUAUUUUCCAUCUUACAUACAUGCUGAGCAUCAUUCUCUACAUUGUGUUGUAUCAAUGGAGCCUGGAUCCAUCUUGUUGAUCAAUAAAGACAUUUUAAAGAUGUC